ACACAGUUGAAGAGGCGGGGUUUGACAUCUCAGCUCUGAAAACAUCUCUAAUCCAGUAUUUCAGGUGCCGAAGUCGAACGAGCGACCAUUGCUCACUACCGCCGCGCGUCAGCGAACUGCAGCAGAACCACACGACUCCAGAACCCGGAAUAUCCUGCAAGUGGACGCAGACGGCUGCCGUGCGAGUUCCCGAGAGCGAAGAAAUCCCACAAAAAGCCGGAGAGAGUGAAGUUUCAGCGGCGCGAAAGACAACACUUUGUUUUCCUGCUUGGUGUUUUAGUUUCCAGCGUCUGUUUCUGUCUCGGAGUGACCAGCAACUCCCACCGCGUCUCAGGUCCUCCCCCCGAAACUCAGCCAACACUUCAACUCUUGUGCUCACUGGAGGAUACUGCCGCACUUUGGGAUAUUUUUCUUUCCUAGCACAUCAGUGUUUGCUGUCCAGCCUGGAUGAAACUUUACACAAUAAACCUCUGAUUGGGCCAACUGACUGCAGCGGUCAUAUUAUAUUUCAGUAGCAUCAGGACCAUGUGGCAGAACUUGCGUACGGGGCUCCACCGUCCCUUCUGAAGCUGCUGUGAAGCUUUAUGCAGAGCAAUCAAGAUUACAGGAUGACUGAGGGAUGUUCCUUUGUCAUCAAAAUGCACCUUAUCAGAAGUAUCAGACCGCUGAUCAUCGAAGGCUUCCCAAAACAAAGACUUGGAUUGUAAUUUAGUUUGUGUGGACUUUUUUUUUUUUUUUUUUUUCUUUUUUUUUUUUUUUUUUGAAAAAGUGGCAGACAAAGUAAAAGGACCUUCUACAUGAGCUGCAGAAAUGGACUAGAAGCCCAUGUGUAGCAGGGUGACUGCUGCAGCUUGUGGAAUAACUUAGCCCCAGACUGUUCGGGAGUCACUCCUUCAGGGGUCCUGGGAUCUGAUCCCAGCACCAGACCUCUCCCCCUGUCGUCGUCUGACUAUCCCACAUGUCUGUUGGCAGACCCAACUAUCCAAUGGCAUGGGUCAAGUUCUUCAGGAAGCCGGGGGGCAAUCUGGGGAAAUCAUACCAGCCGGGGAGUAUGCUGUCUCUGGCACCCACUAAAGGACUGCUGAACGAGCCGGGCCAGAACAGCUGCUUUCUCAACAGUGCUGUACAGGUACUAUGGCAACUGGACAUCUUCAGACGCAGCUUGAGGCAACUACCUGGGCACUUCUGUCUGGGAGAAUCAUGCAUUUUUUGUGCGUUAAAGGGCAUUUUCUCCCAGUUCCAGCACAGUCGGGAGCGCGCCCUGCCCUCUGACAACCUGCGUCACGCCUUGGCAGAGACCUUUAAGGACGAGCAACGCUUCCAGCUGGGCUUCAUGGACGAUGCCGCAGAGUGCUUUGAGAACAUACUGGAGAGGAUCCACCUGCACAUUGUGCCGGAGGAGACCGAUGCCUGCACUUCAAAGUCUUGCAUCACGCAUCAGAAAUUUGCUAUGUCACUUUAUGAGCAGUCUAUGUGCCGUAGCUGUGGGGCAUCCUCCGACCCACUGCCGUUUACAGAGCUGGUGCAUUAUGUCUCCACCACCGCACUCUGUCAACAGACGCUUCAGCACAGAGACGAGUCAUUUGGGGAACUGUUACAAGCUGCGAGCACAAUAGGGGAUCUUCGCAACUGUCCAAGCAACUGUGGCCAGAGGAUUAGGAUCAGGCGGGUCCUCAUGAACUCCCCUGAGAUAGUUACCAUAGGCUUUGUCUGGGACUCUGACCAGUCAGACCUCACGGAAGAUGUUAUCAGAUCGCUGGGGCCUAAUCUCAGUCUUUCUACGCUCUUCUACAGGGUAACAGAUGAUCAUGCCAAAAAGGGAGAGCUGCAGCUCGUGGGGAUGAUCUGCUACUCCAGCCGCCACUACUGUGCCUUCGCCUUUCACACCAAGUCUUCCAAAUGGGUCUUCUUUGAUGAUGCCACAGUGAAAGAGAUCGGUUCCAGGUGGAAAGAUGUGGUCAGCAAAUGUAUCAAAGGUCACUUCCAGCCUCUCCUCCUCUUUUACUCCAACCCCGACGGGAGUGCUAUCACAGCAGAUGAUGCCUCAAGACAAAACAGCAGCCAGUCCCACUACAAGACUACUGUUGAUGUAGAAGUGCAAGGCUUUGAGCCUCCAGUUUCAGCCCCCAAGAAGCUGGACCUCACCAGGGAGAAUCUGAACGCUCUGUUGGGCCAAGCCAUUUUCAAAGAGAAGACCCCGUCGACCUUCAGCAGGGGCAGCACUCAGUACAGCGCAGGACGGGGACCAGUGAAAAUUGCCACCAUCGAUCCCAAGAGUCGCCUCAGGGAGAUUUCUCGAGAAGUUGCCCAGAGAGCAGGAGAGGUCCGUGGCAUGCAUCCAUUCAAAAAAGAGCCUGAUAGGAGAGGUCAACAGAGGCCGGAGGCACGCUACAGAGAUCCAGGUCAGGACAGGACCUAUUCCCGCUCCGCCUCCCCUCCAGAGAAUGGCUUCAAAAAACACCUGGAACCUCGACUGUACAGCAGCCAAGGAAAAGGUCCCACUCGGACUGAGCGAACCCCCCACCUUGGUGGACGGUCCUCGCAUGAGCCCCCUCCCUAUCACUCGAGGGUCCAAGUGUUGCCCAGUGGGCCUAGUGGGCCCAGCAUCAGCAGUGGUCAGCGGAGAUUAGGACAGCUCUCCAAUGGAUACGAUACUGACAGCAGCCAAGACUCCAGAGAUCGUCCUGUAAGUGGAGGGAACAGCCGAAGCAGGGCCAGCCGCCCAUGGAAGCCCACUCGAGAAGCGCUAAAUGUGGACAGUGUUGUAAGAGGGAGUAGCAGUGGUAUUACAGUAAAUCAAGAGCGAAGGCAGCACAGCCCCCGGAGAAGACCCAGUAGUCAGUCACCCUCCCGAGAGCGAGACAGAGAUUUUACGUGGGGAGGCAAAGAAGAACGCAAACCCAAGAGCCUAAUGACCAUCUAUGAGGAUGAGCAGAGGCAUGAAACAGGUGGCAGCCGAAGCUCGCUGGACUCAGAUGGCCGGGGCGGCUACAGCGACAAGGACAGGUCAAAGGGCUCAGCAGCUCUAAAAGUACGGAAUGACAACUGGAAGAUCCAGCGAACUGAAUCUGGAUAUGAGAGUAGUGACAGACUAAGCAAUGGCUCAGCAAAUCUUGACUCACCUGUGGUAGAGAACCUUUCUUCCAAGGACCUGCGGCCCAUACCUGAGCUGCAACUGACAAUGGAUCAGUUCCCUCAGAGAAGAAGCGAUGAUUUGAAGGCUGACGUAUUGGUCUCUAAAUUUUCCACAGGUGAACAAGAAAGAAAAUCUCCAGAUCUACAAGACGCAGACAUCUUGUCUAGUCAGCCAAUACAAAGCAGAAGAAGAGCCUUCCGAUACACUCCUGGGAUCUUGGAAAGUUACAAUAGUCUUGACAGCGAACUAGAGGAAAACGUGGAUAGCAGCCCCGUGAGCCCUGUGCCUCCUUACUUAGCAAAGACCAGCAGUUCUGAGUGGAACAGCUCGGAUGACCUUGCAGGACCUUUCUCUGAACAAGAAGAAAUGGGCACGGUUGCCCACUUACACCCUUUCUUGCACAACUAUCCUCCACCUUUACCCCCCAAGACCUUUGGCAGCAAUCACGCUGACCCAUCUGUUGUCCACUCCCUGCCACCGGAGGUGCCACCACGGUUGAGCCCCCGCAGUGAACCCAAAAAUGGCUUGUCCUCCCUCUCGCACACCACCCUCCGCCGGUGGAUUGAGACACCUGCCGAGCUCAGGCUUUCAUCAGAUGCCAGCUCCAAGUCGGGGUCAUCGGACCAGGACAGGAACGAUCUGUCGGCAAGCGAGAGCGACGAGAGGUUACCCAGUCCAAAGCCCGGACACGAUCACGGUACAGACUCCCCUGGUCCGACAGAUAUGGUUCUUCCCACCACCUACUUUUCUGUGGACAACUGUAUGACAGACACUUACCGGGCCAAAUACCACAAGCCUGCCUUGUACAUGAAAGCAGAGGACCACAUGUCAUCAGGGGAGAGUGAUGUUGAUGGGAGGGGUCUUCCUUUGCCAGAUGUUCAGCCACCAGAGCCUUCCAAAAGCAGAUCAGAACCAGGCUUUUCUACUACUAAGACGGCUGCAAAGUGGAACCCAGUUACUCCAAAAGGACUUGAUGAGCAUGGUUUCCUAUGAUUUUAACAAAAGCAUCAAUAGACCUUGAGUGAUCCAGUGACUGGAUGCCAAAAGGAAUUGCUAUGCACUAUGACUGCUAGACAGUGUGACUCCUUCUGACUGGGAUGUGUAUUUUCUUAUAUACUCAACAGAAAGUUGGACAUUAAACUAAAUGCCAAAGAGAUUGUGAAAAGAAUGGCAGGUGUCCUUAGUAGCUAUAUUGUUGUUUUGGUAUGAACUACUAAAAGCUUUGAAUGAACAGUGAAUUUGCACAGUCGAGAGCACCAGAAAGUCACAGAGAAAUAAACAUCUCCAAAAACAUUUGCUGGCGAUCAUGUUUGGACUUUUGGAGCUCAAAAGCAAAGGGUUGGAUUAGUAAAGAAUGUGUCACAAAAAGCCACUUUACCACUCAAGAGAUUAUUUUCAUGAGGAAGUAACCCACUUCUUGCAGUUCUACUUCCUCUCACUCCAUGGAAUGUUUUUAUUUGUGUGUUUAACUACUCCCAUUUCAGCGUUAUGAGGUGUCUGCCCCAGUUCUAUCUGUGUUUCACAUCAUAUACCCUAUACCCUUUCAUGGGUUUUGAAGGUUCCAGUAAUAUUCAGAACAUGAAUUUUUUUUGUACAUUUUAGAAAGCAUAUUGGGCACUCUUUUGGCAAGACCUAGGUAAUGGGUAUAAAUGUUAAAUUGAUUGUUUAUUGGUAGAAUGUCGAGGCACGUCCCUAUCCUCACAUGCACAUUUACACACUUCCCAUCAUCCUUGCAUAUUUAUUGUGUUUUAUGUGUUUACACUGUUUUUCUGGUUGAUUAUUUUCCUUUUUACACUCCUGUGAGUGACACUGACAGUUUUAAACUUCAAUUGGUUGUCUUUAGCUCAAUUAAUUAUUCAGUUUGCUGUCCAAUUUCCUAAAGAUUGCUCCUAUUGGCAGCAAGUCUGCUCUGGUAGGACACGGACAUGUUAGAAUUUAAAAUUGUCACCUAGGGAUUGACAGGGCUUGCUUUUUCUUUGAGGGGGUUAUUAUAAUAACGUUGUAAAUCUGAGUAGUGGACUAUUUUUUUUUGGUUCAAAAUAUUUUCUAUAUGCAGCAGGACUCUAAUGCACAGUGCCUUUUGUAUUUUUCUAUGUUGUGACAAGAUUAAAUUGGAGCCCUGGUUUGUACAAUUCUUUGAUUUUAAAGAAUAUUUGUAACAUUUUAUUUUAUUUUUAUUGAUGAACAAUUGUUAAAUAAACAGUUUUAUUUAACCAUA